AUGCAGGAGGAGUUCGACGCCUUACAGCGCAACCGCACGUGGCAGCUUGUUCCGCGACCCCCUCGUGCCAACAUCAUCUCUGGCAAGUGGGUGUUUCGCCACAAGACUCGCCCGGACGGUUCUCUCGAGCGCUACAAGGAUCGGUGGGUGGUUCGUGGCUUUCGGCAGCGCGCGGGCAUGGACUUCACCGACACCUUCGCCCCGGAUGUGAAACCGGGCACGAUUCGCGUCGUGCUUCAACUGGCGGUCUCGCGUGCCUGGCCUGUGCACCAGUUGGAUGUCUCCAACGCCUUCUUGCACGGCCAUCUCGUCGAGCGGGUGUUCUGUGAGCAGCCCACUAGUUUCAUCGACGCCGAGCACCCUGACUUCGUGUGCUUGCUCUCCCGUUCUCUUUACGGGUUAAAGCAGGCGCCUCAGGGAGUUGACACUGCAGAUCUGCUGCUCUAUGUCGAUGACAUCAUCCUCACGGCGUUUGCCCCCGACCUCCUUCAGCGGCUGACUGCUCGUCUUCGUAAUGAGUUCGCCCUCAAGGACUUGGGGCCCCUGCACUACUUCCUCGGCAUCGAGGUGGUCCGACGGACUGACGUCUUCUUUCUGCAUCAGCAGAAGUACGCCCACGAGCUCCUGGAGCGUGCCGGUAUGCUUAACUGCAAGUCGGCGCCCACUCCCGUCGACAUGAAGGCGAAGGUCUCUGCUCUUGAGGGGUCUCUUGCGUCCGAUGGAGCGUUUUAUCACUCUAUUGUCGGUGCUUUACAGUAUCUGACGCUGACUCGCCCCGACCUGCAGUACGCUGUCCAGCAGGUGUGCCUCCAUAUGCACGCCCCGCGUGACUCUCACUGGACUCUGGUGAAGCGUAUUCUCCGUUACAUACGCGGCACCAUGUCUUUGGGACUCACCCUGACAGCCUCUGCCUCCACCGACCUCGUGGCCUACUCGGAUGCCGACUGGGCUGGCUGCCCUGACACGCGACGCUCUACGUCAGGCUAUUGCAUCUACCUUGGGCCCUCGUUGAUCUCUUGGUCAUCUAAGUGGCAGCCCACGGUCUCCCACUCCAGCGCCGAGGCAGAGUAUCGCGCCGUGGGUAAUGCCGUGGCCGAGUGCUCUUGGAUACGUCAGCUACUCCAGGAGUUGCUUUGUGAUGUUCACAAGGCCACUCUUGUUUACUACGAUAACGUCAGCGCGGUCUACCUCUCCGCCAACCCGCAGAAAAACAAUGUCUCACUUGAGCAGCACUCGUUGAAGUACAACUUAAUUGGUCUAUAG